GACAUGGCCAAGGUAGGACCAUCUCACCAUCUCGCUUGUAAUUAGUUACAGUGGGUGGUGUUGAUGUGUUGCGCGGCCUGUGGCCUAGCUAGGCCUUCGCCCCAGUACGAGCCCCAAUCCCAGGAGCAGGAGUUGUACAGCCACGAAGGCUACGAGGCCGAUGGCCUUCAGGAGCAUUAUGGAGGCCAAGAGCACUACGGAGGAGGCCACGAAGAAGACCAUGUAGACUACUAUGCGCAUCCCAAGUACAGCUACAAGUACGGGGUGCACGACGAGCACACGGGGGAUGUGAAGAGCGCCCACGAGACUCGUGAUGGUGACGUGGUGAAGGGCAAAUACAGCCUGGUGGAGCCUGAUGGCAGUGUACGUACCGUGGAGUACACGGCAGACAAGCAUAAUGGGUUCAACGCCGUGGUGACACGGACAGGGCACAACACCCACGCCUACCACGCUCCUGAACACGAGUACGACCACAGCUUUUAGUGAUCUCAACCAUUCUGCCCGAGGACCAAAUUUAUAUGACUGUUUCACCUCAUCGGCACGAGGUCAAUAACAUUUUUUUUUUCAACCAUCCGGCUCGAAGGACCAAAUCUAAAGAAUUUUUUUAUCACUAGAAUCAUAAUUAAACUUCAUCUUGCGAUAUGGAACGCUCUACCAAAGUGCAACAAAUUAAUUCUGGAAGUAACGGAUUGGUAAUAUUUAAAAAUAUAAGUUAAUUUUCAAACCAAUAAAUUCAAUGAUUUUGGUUGAAGGAGCUUUGAUCUCAACCAUCCGGCUCGAAGGACUAAAUUUAUUGAGUUAGUAAAAUCAGUUUAUUGACACUUCAAAGAGCAUAGCCUAGUAAAUAAGCCCAUAACCAAAGGUAAGUCGCCUGGAUUUAAGUCAAUUAAGAUUAAAACGUGAUUAUUUUUAAUGUAGGUACCAAAACGUAUUGUUGGACCAAAUCAGUUCAUUCUUGUCGCAGUUGAUAUACAAACAUGAACAUAACAGUGCACAACUUAAUUAAUUAACUCUUUGACUGAGGGGUCAACUAAAUAAUCAAAUAUACAUUGUCUUCACAACAACGUGUCUUUCAAAAGUAAAAAAAUAAGCUUCUGCAUAGGAGAGUACACGGUUUUUAAAGUAAAACAAUUGCAAAUACUGUAAUAUUUAUACUGAUGCAGAGCACAGGGUGCAAAGUAAGUGCAGUACUGUAUUUAAAUAACAUAUUGGCUCAGUUUUUAUAACAUUUUAUUUACCGGUAUGUUAAGUAUUUAAAAUAUAUUUCUCAACACAUAUUUAAUACAAGAAUUAAUUGUUUUAAUUGUUAUUGUAAUAUACGCCUAACGGUUUUGUG